AUGUCCCAGCCGCGCUGCCGCUCCGUGCUCAUCACCGGCUGCAGCCGGGGCAUCGGGCUGGGGCUGGUGCGGGGCCUCGCAGCCGCCAGCCCCUCCCCGGACUUCGUUAUCGCGACCUGCCGGUACCCCGAGAAGGCGCAGGAACUCCAGCAGCUCAGCAAGCAAUACAGCAACAUCAAGCUCCUUCAGCUGGAUGUGGUCUGCGAAAACAGCAUCAAGAAAGUAGUCAAGGAAGUGGAGGAGAUUGUGGGCGACAAAGGGCUGAACUGCCUCAUUAACAACGCUGGCAUCAAUGUGCUUGCUUCCUUGGAAGAAGUCACAGCAGAGACAAUGCUCACCAUUUAUGAAACCAACACGGUUGCCCAGCUGAUGGUCACCAAGGCAUUUCUCCCCCUUCUGAGGAAGGCAGCCCAGCUGAGUACGGGAAUGGGCUGCCACAGAGCUGCUAUUAUCAAUAUGUCCUCUCUUGCUGCCUCCAUGCAACUCGUCCAGGCAAAUGAGAUGUUCCUCAAGGUCUACCCCUACAGGAUAGCAAAGACUGCGCUGAACAUGAUCACCAGGUGUCUGGCCGCAGACUUGAAAUCGGAUGGAAUUCUUUGUAUUUCUUUGCAUCCAGGCUGGCUCCAGACAGACAUGGGUGGAAACAUGGCUCCCAUGCAGGUGCAAGAGGCUAUCCCUGGUAUCCUCUCUGUUCUGGACCGUCUUGGUGAAAAGGAGAACGGAUCCUUCCUGGACUGGCAAGGGGAAACGCUACCGUGGUAGAAGUGCCCAGCACACUGCAGAAACAGCACAUCAGUCACUGUUUAACUGUGCCACUAUUGUCUGUGUCCUUAGGGUUUUCUUACACACUAGUUGAAAUAGCCAGUUGGAUACCAGCCUCUUUCUAGGUGUAUGUGGGAAGUGAGGUGGCUGACUCUUCUCCUUGGUAUUGCUACUGCUCUGUUCUAAUGCUUCCUGCAAAUACUACUGUGCUCUUAGUGAUGGAACCAUCUAAAAUAGAUCGAAGAUAAAGCAAGUUAGAUCCAGGGGCUGGUUCCUCAUCACUUCCAAACCCUUUGCAGAAGUAAAUGACCUGACCUCAGAGUAAGGCCCAGUGUAUGCUGUCAGAUUCCAGUCUGCUGGAGACAUGGCUCUGGGAAAGGUUCUUUGGUUUUCUUCAGUCCUCAUGGAGCCAAGGCUGCAAUUGCCCAGCUCUAAACUACAUGGAUUUGGUACUUCUCUAAACUCAGCAACCUCUGCGUGUCCCCGGGUUGAGAGCACACACCAGGCACUUGCUUUGUUCCCAGUGGGUGACUAACAUCCUGACACGGGGGUGGCAAUGCUGUUUUGUACAUAAACUUCUGAGGUGUCUUCAAUAAAGCCCUGUUUCAACAAA